AUGGCAGGACAGAUUUUAGGGAAAGUGCUAGUUGCUUACUUUGUCAAUUGGGCAAUUUAUGAAAGGCAUUUUGAAGUCUUUAACAUUGAUUUAUCAAUGGUGACCCAUUUAAACUAUGCAUUUGCACAGGUUGACUAUAACGGAGUAGUUUCGCUAACUGACCCUUGGGCUGAUGAGCAGCGACGAUAUCUGGAUCGAGGAGACUCGUGGAAUGACCCACCCGGCAAGCUUUAUGGAAGCCUUGGACAACUUUACAAGCUAAAGGUAACGAAUAGGCAUCUAAAAACUGGAAUUUCUAUCGGAGGGUGGACUUUAAGUGGCCCAUUCAGCGCUGUAUGUGCUGACCCAGCUAAGAGGAGAAAUUUUAUCCAAACCUCUUUAACCAUCUUAAUGGACUAUGGAUUUGACUAUAUUGAUAUAGACUGGGAAUACCCUGUUUCAGGAGGAUUAGACAGCAACACUCGCUCCACAAAUGACAUCAACAAUUUUAUUUCUCUUCUUAAAGAGUUCAACCAAGCCUUUGAUAGGGUCCAGUCCACCUUAGGAUUCAGACCUUUUAUCACACUUGCGGCUCCAGCUGCCAAACAAAACUACCAGCAUUGGAAUUUCGUAGAGAUGUCGAAAUAUGUAGAAUUUUUCAAUAUUAUGACUUAUGAUUUUGCUGGAUCAUGGUCUCCAUAUGCUUGGCAUAUGUCUAAUUUGUAUAGAAGCACAAAUGGGUUUUCAGUAAAUGAAACUAUUACAGAUUUAAUGAGUUCGAUGAAUUUGUCCCCAGAUAAAAUAUGUAUGGGAAUCCCUCUCUAUGGAAGAGGGUACAGCAAUUGUAAUGGCCUUGGGAGCUCAUUUAAUGGACUUCCGACACAAGGACUUUAUGAAGCUGGAAUUUAUGAUUAUAAAGUGAUCCCACCAGAUAACUUUGUAGUAUACUUUGAUGACUCUGCUAAAGCUCCUUAUUCAUAUUCUUCAAGUCAGAGAGUUCUUAUCACUCAUGAUAACCCUCUGUCAGUUGGCUACAAGCUUCAGUACCUUCAUGACAAAUCUUUAAGGGGAGUUAUGUUUUGGGAGACUUCUGGUGACAGGCCUCAAUCCUCUGUUGAGUCAUUAAUUAGAAUCAGUUAUGAUCAAAUCAAGAGCAGCAUUGACUCAACAUUAAACCACGUCGUUUAUCCUACAUCUAAAUUCACAAAUAUACUACACGAAUAG